AUGCCAACACUCACUUUGUCCGUCCACGCGACAGAUAACGCGUCAAUUCGAGUUCCUACCCCCGUAUCAGUUCCCAUGGAAAGUAUGGGCAAUCAUCAUGCCAUUUACAGCGCUAGUCUUCCUACAGAAGCGCAAAAACCACCACCAAAGAAACGGGGACGCCGUCGUUUAUUGCAAGACGAAGGACAACGCAAGGCCAGACGUAAGACUCAGUGCAAACUUAAUCAACGACGCUAUCGUGCCCGACAACGUGGACUUAUCAGUAUGUUGUCACUGGAAACUGAGGGUUUAAAUGACUAUUUUCGGGACUUGCAAGACUAUCGAGACUUUUUAAGAGACUAUUUUGCACCAUCUUCAGCACCUUUAUCAGCAUGGAAUGAUCCAAGACCAAUGCUUGUCGUCAAUCACUUCUUACGAGCUUUUCAAACAGGUUUUGCACUGCACUCGAUUGAAUCAAGCUCCUUACAAGAAAGUUUUAUCAGACUAGUGUGUGCUCCUAAUCUCGUGACACAAGGAGCCAUGACAGAUGGCAUUGAGGCAUUGUUACUGCAGCUCAAACGCUAUGCAUCGUACCAUGGUGCACUAGAGAUACGAGCAGACAGUGUCUGCAUGUUACAUGCCCCAACGAAAAAAAUGGAUGUCAUGGCGAACGAAGAGAAAAUCUUGUGGAUCUUUCAAAGUAAAGGAACCAUUAGAAUGCGAAUUUCACGAGACACUUUGAUGCUCGUGUAUCCGCAUGUGUUACAGUAUCAUGAAACUAUAGCGCAACGUAUUAUGGGGCAAACGAUUGAGCCUGAUUUAACAACAACAUUUUAUUUCGACGCACAAGCAAAAGUAACGAAGCUUGAACAACACGUGGAUUUUGCUGGUGCAUUUCUCCGACUUCUAGAGAGUGCAGAAGAUGUGGCCACAUUGUUGAAAGGUGCGCUCAUUUCUCCAUUCUCCGAACUAGGAUUGGAUCCACAAGGUAAAACAGAAUCGUCUCUCACGCGCGGCUGUAAACAGCUCAGUCUGAAAUUUAUUCUUCUGUAA